ACUAUGAGAUUUGUGGUUCUCACGGCCAAGAUGUCGGCCUUGGUCUUCUAGCUUGCAACGCCGUUAUGGGCUUGCAGAUACCAAUGUUUCGGAGAACACAAGUCUGUCCACCGUCAGACACCUACACGAUCUCACGUCUUUACAACCCGAAAGGGCAACAUCAUAACCGCCGUGAGAACAUCAAAUCUCACAUGUUGGUGUUUUCCUGAUUUUUAACGCCGUGGACUUGUGACAUCAAGAUGGCACAGAAUGCACCGCUAAUCUUACGUCUUGUAGCAUCAUCAAUCACAGCUGUGAACCGAGCAGGAAAAAUCAUACGAGAUGUCAUGAGCCAGGGAGACUUGGGAAUUGUGGAGAAGGGCAAGAACGACUUGCAGACAGAAGCUGAUCGUUCAGCUCAGCGCUGCAUUGUUACAUCACUGUCACGCCAGUUUCCAUCUGUGACCAUCAUUGGGGAGGAGGGCCCUUCUAACUGUGAAGUUCCAUCAGACUGGGUGGUGACUGAUAGUGACCCACAGGUCUUGCAGCUUCAGUGUCCCGAAGAGCUAGGGAGUGUGCUAGACCAUGAGGUGGUGGUAUGGGUGGACCCACUGGAUGGAACGUCAGAAUACACUCAAGGACUGCUGGACCAUGUGACAGUACUGGUAGGCAUUGCAGUGGGUGGCAGAGCAAUCGGAGGCGUGAUCCAUCAGCCGUACUACAACUACGAGACAGUGAACGGUGAUGACAUGGGGCGCACACUUUGGGGUAUAAGUGGGAUUGGAACUGGAGGUUUUGAACCACAGUUGCCUCCAGAAGGGAGGAGAAUCAUCACCACGACAAGGUCUCACUCAAAUUCAGUGGUGCAGGCCGCUCUCGAUGCUCUGCAUCCGGACGAGAUCCUUAGAGUAGGAGGUGCAGGGCACAAGGUGAUGCUGCUCAUGGAGGGGAAGGCGCAUGCGUAUGUUUUUGCGAGUCCUGGCUGCAAACGCUGGGAUACAUGUGCUCCAGAAGCAGUUCUGGUUGCUAUGGGCGGUCAUCUCACUGACAUGCAUGGGAACAGCUAUUGCUAUAACAAAGACACGCCUCAUCAGAACACAGGCGGUGUUCUUGCCACAGCAAAGGGGGAGGAUCACAGCUGGUACCUGAGGAACCUGCCCGACACUAUUCGUCAAACUCUUGUCUAAAUCCUACAUGGUUGCUGUGCUCCUUCAAAAGUUGUUUCUGUAUUGAGCAGGUCUCUAUUCCCUAUUAUUGUGCCAUAAUUUUAUUGUGACUAUAUGAUGUAUGGGUUAUGCUGGAUUUCUUGGCAGCACGGUGCGAAGUGAAGAUGACUGUCUUCGGGGUUGUUGCACCAUGUAGUCUUGUAAUAUGCUGAUCCUUCAGAGUGCUUGCAACCUCCCUCAUCGCCCUGACGAUGGAGGCAGCAAGCACCUAUGAAAUGUCAGUUAACUUGUACCGAGCUACACGGCGCAACAGCCCAGAGGACAGCCAUCUUCAUACUUGCUGCCAUGAGAACCUCCAAUCUCAGUGUGAAGUGGUUCAGUUUUUUGGUACACAGUAGGAUGAGUGGCUGCACCCUGUUUAAGAUGCUACCCUAGCAUAUGACUGCAGGGACUGAGUGUAUGAAGCAUGAGUGUUGGUACAUUCAGUGCUCAAGUCUUCCUUGACUUGCACUGGGGAGUAUCCUUGUGUCAGGAGGUCUCUUCCUUUCCAGGAAUGGAAAUUUAAAAUAAAAUAUUUGAUCAAUUGAUUCCUUAAAGUCAGUUUUUGGAACAAAUCAACAAUUAUACAUUUUAAAAUUAUUUGUUGUCAGGACUUUUUCCAUCGUCUGUUUUUUAAAAUUCCUGACAACAAGUAAUUUUAGGUGUAAACUACCGUCGUCAAAACCCUUUAGAAUUGAAUUAUACAUUUUGUUGCUAUAGGAUUGUGCAGCUACUUAUGAACUACAAAAAUAAACCACAGCUCUGCAGAAGACAGCCAGGACAAGAAGUAUCAGUAGAUAAAUGUGUUUUACCGAAGGUGACACAGACAAUUGUAAUAAGAAAAUAGUCUUCUGGAUUGUAGGGCUGUAACUUCUACCAGACUAUACGGUGCUACAACCCAGAAGACAGCCAUCUUCAGGCUCACUGCCAUGAAAACCUCAAAUCCUACUCAACAACAAAUUUCUCUGAGAACAGUGGGAGCGAUGCAAGACAUCUCCCGGAAGUGCAAAUUGAUUUAGUUUCUUGGUUCGUCAAUCAGACUCAAGCACAGGACCUCCCAAACAUGAACCAUUUGUGUAAGUACAGUCCUACUGUCACUGCAAGCAGUGUUGCAAUAUUUCCUUCAUUAUGUGAAUGUAUGUGUGGAUGAACUUACGCUGACAGCGCACAAAAUGCCUACCACGUAAUGUGGAGGUCUGAGGUAUAUUUGAUCAAAUAUGGUGUGAUAGUGUUUUAUAUCAUUGUUAUUGUGGUACAUGGUGACAUUCCAUUGUCUGUCAUUAGUUCGAAUCUCAGCAGGGUUGCCACCCUGGCACAGUUAACGUUUCCUCCACCUUGCACACUAGACCAUUACUCUGAUGUAUAAACAUUUGAAAGUUUUCCCAUUUGUGUUGUCACAUGUAUCUAAGAAGAUGGCAGCUUUUUGUUUCCUAGCAGCAUCAGGAUGUGUUGAAGAAAUGUACAGUUUCUGUUGGUAUAGAAGUGACACAUGUAGUUGAUACAGAUACUUGUCAAUAAAGAAUUUGAGCUCCCCUGGUUA